AUGAUCUUGAUCGCUGUCUAUGAGGAGCAGGAGGCCCAGCAGAGAGGAGCUGUGAGUCCAGCAGGCGUCGCCGGGGGCAACGAGCCAGGUGGGCCCAGCCCAGAACCCUACGACUCGGAGCUCUCCAUCUUCCAGCCAAUCAGGGGCGGCGAGAUCGAAGUCAACUCCUCCGCCCUCAAAUCUAACACCCCCCUGCUGGUGCGCAGCAGCAGUGAGUCGGCCCUCGGCCCCCCCGCGGACGCUGCCCCCCAAGCGCCUCCAGAGGAGCCGAACGGCAGACCCACUCCAGCGGUAAGUGUGGCCCAGCCAGACUCACCCCUCUUGGGCCUGAUGCACUACCUCCACACCCUUGGAUCUGACCGUCAGACAGACGUGGCACGUCGCCAUGCCGUCACGCCCGCUCUCGACCUGGACACGGGCUGUCACGGAACCUUCCGGAAACGAAGAUGGAUGGCACCGCCACCCUUUCUCUUGCCGCCUCACGUCCACCUCCUGGCUCUGGGCCUGCACAUCCGAGGCGUAGAGGAGAACAGUCGCUCCAAGAGGGAGGGGAUCUUCUACGACGACGAGUGCAUCAUCCGCAUCAACGACACCGAACUCAUGGACAAAACUUUCGCUCAAUCCCAGGAGGUCUUCCGGCAGGCCAUGCGCUCCGCGACCGUGCGUCUGGAGGUGGUUCCCAGUGGCAACCGUGAGCGCUACGAGAGGAGUCUCAUUGGUCCCCUCUACACCUCCACCCCGGAACCCGCCGCUCCCCCCUCCGACGCUCCCCCCAGGACCAAAGAGCCCCCGCCGCCCGUCAAAGUCAAGCCCACCCUCAGGCCUCUUCCUGGGGACGCUCGGGACCCCAGCGGUGGGGGUGGUUGUGGUGGUCUGGAGGUCCGAGGCACCUCGGGGUCCCCCCACCCCCCCAGCAGGCUGUCCCCGUCCCCCAACUCCAGCCCCAAGGGCCGCAGCGAGAGCCCGCUGCUCCGCAAGAGUCCAGAGGGCCUUGGCUUCACGGUGGUGACGCGGGACUCGUCGGUGCACGGCCCAGGCCCCAUCCUGGUCAAGAACAUCCUCCCCCGCGGUGCUGCCGUCAAAGAUGGCCGUCUGCAGUCAGGGGACCGCAUCCUGGAGGUGAACGGCGUGGACAUGACGGGCAGGACUCAGGAGGAGCUGGUGUCUCUGCUGCGCAGCACCAGGCAGGGGGAGGCCGUGUGUCUGCUGGUGUGCAGGCAGGAGGACAUGUUCCUGCCCAGGGAGCUGAAGGAGGAGGUCUCUCGGCCCGUGCUGUGUGAGGAUGGGAAGGAGCAGCUGCUGCUGGAGGUGCCGCUGAGUGACUCGGGGUCGGCUGGGCUCGGGGUCAGCCUGAAGGGCAACAAGGCCCGCGACACCGGCGAGGACCUGGGCAUCUUCAUCAAGUCCAUCAUCCACGGAGGAGCCGCCUAUAAGGAUGGGCGUCUGCGUGUGAAUGACCAGCUGGUGGGGGUGAACGGGGAGUCGCUGCUGGGGAGGUCCAACCAUGAGGCCAUGGAGACGCUGCGCAGGUCCAUGUCCAACGAGGGCAACCUGAGGGGCAUGAUCCAGCUCCUGGUGCUGCGCUCACACAUCAGCCAGGAGCAGGUGGAGGUGCGGCGGACGCUGAACCGCUCGUUUGACAGCUGCACGGGCCACAUGAACGCCGUGGGGCAGGCCAACGGAACCACGCACGCCAACGGAACCACACACGCCAACGGAACCACGCACGCCAACGGAACCGCUCACACAGCCAUGGUGAUCAACAGCCUGUACCAGAGAGCAGGUUUCCACACGCUGUCUAACGGGGGCUACGGGCUGAUUGGAGAAGGCCACCAGGACACGGACGUGAGUGUGCGCGAUGCUGACCUCUCCUCCAGAACCCUGCAGGCCGCGCCGCCCAUCACAAGCUCCGACUGGGAGAAUGGUCCAGGGGAGAACAGCUUCAGGAGUGAAGCUCAGGGACAAGUGGAUCACCAUCAUGUCAAGUCCUCCAAGAGCAUGGACCUGGUGGCUGAUGAAAGCAACGUUGGGGCUCUCACAGGGCAGAAGUCAGUGUUUGUGCUGGCUCAGGAGCUGGGUCCCACUCUGGGCCUGAAGAAGUCCAGCUCGCUGGAGAGUCUGCAGACGGCCGUCUCCGAGGCCCAGCGCGUCAAUCAACAGCAGCAGCUCCUCCCCUUCCACAGGCCACGCCCACACAUGGUACGAGGACGCGGCUGCAACGAGAGUUUCCGCGCCGCCAUCGACAAAUCUUACGAUGGCCCGCCCGAGGACGACGACGAUGACCUGUCGGAGCAGAGUUCGGGCUGUGAGACGCCGGCCAGCAGCUCGUCUCGGCAGGGCCUGGGGGAGGGCGAGGAGGUGAGGAAGGACAAGAAGAAGAGGAGCAAAGGGAAGAAGAAGGACAAGAGCAAAGGAAGGUUUGGGAAGAAGAAGGAGGAGAAGCGGGAGGGGAAGGCGGCGGCCAUUAAGCACACGGCCGACAUCCUGAGCGAGGAGGAGCUGGAGAGAAUGAAGGAGGAGAGGGAGAGGAUCGAGGCCAAGCACCAGGAGCUGCGCGACCGCCAGGCCAAGCGUGACCGCUACCCGUCGCCGGACGUGGAGGACGAGGACGAGGACGAGGACGCCGACCCCAACUACGCCCGCAUCCACGCCUUCCGCGCCCCCUCCUCUCCCCCCCUCACCCUCCGCGGGGGUCCCCCUCCUCCUCCGCCCCCCCACACGCGCUCCCCGUCCCCCCACAACAGCCCCCCACAGCCCCCGCGGCCCCCACCCAACCACCCGCACCACCACCCGCACGCCCACCCGCACCACCACCCGCAUGCCCACGGCGUGGCACCCGGGCGCGGGCACAGCAGGGAGCCGUCGGGGGAGGACGCGCUGGACGGCCUCUACGCCAAGGUCAACAAGCAGCGGGCGCCGGGCACGGGCACGGGGUUACCGGGGUUACCGGGGUUACCGGGACCGUCGCCCGGCAACAACAACAGCAACAACAACGCCCCCGCCACCACCGACAGGUCAGAGAGAUGA